AUGAAUCGAAACUUCCGCGCUGCAGGUGCACGAGGCCUCUCUAUACCAGGCGGUCUGUCUUCCAACACGUCUGACAAUGGAGAUUUUCUGGAUGCCGAUGACAGCGGUGACACAUCCGAAGAAACGUCCCAUACGGAAAAUAUUCCCCUUUCUGGAGUCUCAGCCCAUCUUGGCUCCUACCAAACCAAGGAGUACAGAAGACUAUUGGAUAUCAUCGAUGAAGUGAGGAAGUAUGAUAUCGAUCAUGUCCUCCAGAUUCCACAGAUUGUGGUAUGCGGGAAUACCUCCGCUGGAAAGAGUUCCGUCCUCGAAGCUGUCAGCCACAUCAAGUUUCCGCGAGGAGACAAUGUUUGUACCCGAUACGUGACCGAAAUCUGUCUUCGGACUUCCGAUACAAUCUUUAUCAAUGUCACUAUCUCGCCGAAGUCUUCACGGCCACAGAGGGGACAGGACGACCUGAUGGCGUUCCGCGAGACCGCAGGAACAUUGGAAGAACUGCCACGACUGAUGGAUUCUGCCGAAAGGAAGAUGGGCUUGCCAAGGCACGCCCCUGGAAAGGCCACAUUCACGGAAGACUGUUUGAGAAUCGAGGUUCACGGCCCUGAUCAACCACGUCUUACUCUCAUCGAUGUUCCAGGUCUAGUGCAGACCGGGGAACAGAACCUCAGAGAAACCAUUACGGGAAUGACAGAAAAAUAUAUCAACAAUCCUCGCUCAAUUAUCCUAGCGGUUCUUGGCGCCCAUGACGAACCUGUCAAUCAGUCGAUUUUCCGCAUGGCGAGGGAUGCUGAUCCCCACGGCGUUCGCACUUUCGGAAUCAUCACGAAGCCGGACAAACCGGACCCUGGCUCGGGAUCUCAACGAAACUGGAUCAAGAUCGCUCAGAACAAAGGAGAAGGGUUUAUAUUCAAGAAAGGCUGGCAUGUACUCUUGAACAGGUCAGAGGAUGAAGUCAAGAGAAACACCUCGAGCGAGGAGAGAGACCUGAAAGAAAAGGUCUUCUUCGAGCGUCCAGACAAUCUUUGGAACGAAGUGCCGCCUGAGAACUGGGGGGCAGAGAACCUGAAAGGCCACCUUGUGCGUCUGCUCGUCGACCUCCUGCGGAGAGAAAGUUCUUCCUUGAAGCGCGAUAUCGAGGAUCGGUUAACGCCGUAUCACGAGAAACUGGACAGACUGGCAGCCAGCUUGAGAAGCAAAGAAGAAGCUGAUCAUCUCUUCCGCAAGAAGUGCCGAGACAUGCGGAAUCUCACACUGCUGGCCGUGGAAGGCAAAUUGAAUGACGGUUACUUUGAAUUACCCGACAAUGUUGACACCCUAGCCGAUGAUGCCCGCUAUCUCCGAGCACGUAUCGAAGGUGAGGAAGACCAAUUUCACCAGAAAGUCAAGAUCGAAGGUCGUACUUUCCUGUAUACAUGGAACCCGGAUGAUUCGCCGUCAGCAGAGGAGAUGAACCAGUUCCUAGAACGGGUUGCAAAGGUUCUCAAGCAUACGCGGGGCCACGAAGCAGAAGACAUCUACGAUCCUCAGCGACUCGAUCUUCUCUUCCACAAGCUCUCUCGCGACUGGCAGAAGAUUGGAGAGCGCUUGAUCGCACAAGCACACGCUCACUGCAAAACGUUCCUCGACAAACUAAUGGUCGAUGUCUUGAGUCCAGACCUUCCACACAUCGCUCGGCGCCUUUAUGGAAAAGUGGUCGCAAAACUGCUAGACGAAAGAAAGCAGCAUGCGUUGAUCGAGCUCGCCGAGCUCGAGAAGGAUCGAACGCGGCCUGCGAAGACGCGAAACGAUGCCUUUGCCGAGAAGAUCCAGCAGGAGUAUGCCAAGAAGUUACAUUCCAUGAUGACGAAAGCCCUCAGGAAAGCGGAGUCUCCACUCAUCAACAUCCCGGCACAGAUCACUGAAUUGCUUGAUCUGGAUAAUAGUAAUAAGAGGCGACUAGCUCAAGCGGCAGAUUUGCUGGCUCGGUUACAUAUUUUCUAUGACAUUGCUGCGAAUGUUUUCGUUGAUAAUGUUGUGGUGCAAGUUGUGGAACGGCAUCUUUUGAGGAAUUUCGACGAGAUCUUCGACGAGAUAUUGGAUCUGGAGAGGGCGGACCCGAAGAAAUGGGAUGCACUGCUAUUUGACCCUGAUUCUGAAGAGAGAAAAGCGGAGAUGAAGGAGCUACAAGCGGAAGCAGAUAAUUUGCAGAAAUGCUUGGAUGCGGUGGAAGAUAUUGCUUGA